AAUAAACUACUAUUGUUUCUCGUAUCUACUUUUAUAUAACCAAUGCAUCAUCUGUGGUUCCUCUAUUUCACACAACAAUACAGCAAAAUGACCAGACGAAGUGGACGACUUCAAGCUAAAUCUGAAAAUGGAGCCACACAUACAGACAAGUUAGCAAAAAUCAAAAAGGAGCAAUGCAACAGAAAGAAAGCACUGACCAAAAGGCUUAAUGGUGAAACUCAGAAUCGAGGGGCCCAGGAUGCAGUGUGUAGAACUGAUGUCUUAAUGGAAAGCCCUAUGGAGGGGCUACAUGAGGAGUUUGAUCAACCUGGCUUAUCCCAGUGCCAUCAGCCAUCUCCUUUUCCUCGACUCAGUUGGGCUUGUUCAGAAGACGUGUGGGUGAAGAUGUUGAGUAAGGAGAUUAAGUACAAACACUGUAAUCACUGUAUAGAGAAGCAUCCCAGACUCCAGCCCAAGAUGAGAGCCGUACUACUUGACUGGCUGAUUGAGGUAUCAGAGGCUUAUGUGCUACACAGACAAACCUUCUACCUGGCACAGGACUUUUUUGACAGAUUCAUGCUCACCCAAGCUGACGUGGACAAAGAACGACUGCAGCUCAUUGGCAUUACAGCUCUUUUCAUCGCCUCCAAAAUUGAGGAAAUCUAUCCACCCAAAAUUACAGAACUGGCCUACGUCACGGACGGAGCAUGUCUAGAAGAGGAAAUCUUACAAAUGGAGCUCAUUAUGUUAAAAGCAUUAAAUUGGGAUCUAUAUCCUGAAACGAUUGUUUCAUGGAUGAAGCUCUACAUGCAGAUGGCCUCAGCCUAUGAUUUCACUAAUGUUCUGGUACCACAGUUUUCUCAGGAGACCUAUAUACAGAUUACACAGCUUUUAGAUUUGUGCAUCCUUGAUAUUAACUCACUGGGGUUUAAGUACGGAGUGCUGGCUGCAGCUGCCCUUUGCCACUUUGUAUCAUUUGACAUUGUACAAAAAGUAUCAGGACUAACAUGGGAGGCAGUGGAGAGCUGUGUGAACUGGAUGGCUCCCUUUGUAGAAACCAUGAUGAGUUACGAAGUUGCAAAGCUCAAACAUUUUAAUAAGGUUUCUUCAGACGACAGACACAAUAUUCAGACCCAUAUCAACUACCUCUCCAUGCUGCAAGAAGCACAACAAAAAAGCAGUAUUCACAUGAACAGCAUCUUUCCAACACCACCCAGCAGUGCAGAAAAAUCCAGCACAUACUGAAGAAACAGAACAGAAACUCGCUGCCCCGUCCAGCUACUGCUUCUCCCCUCAAAAAAAAAGCUAAGAGCUAAUGUAGCAGAAAUAGACUCUCCGAGUACAGGGAGUUAGGAGACUAAUGUAUCUGUUGUAAAAUGUUAGUAGUAAACAGAGUAUGAACUGUAUUGCAUUUACCCCAAAACAGACAGUACUUAACUGGCAUGCCUGAAAUACACUGUAUGGCCAAAAAAAUUUGGACACCCCUCCUAAUCAUUGAGUUCAUGUGUUACAACCACACCCACUGCUAACAUGAUUAAAAUCAUGUUAUGGGAAGCUUUGGGAAGGCUUUCAGCUUUUCUUUAUACAUGCUCAAGACUAAAUGGGCACAAAUUGUCACAGACACAAAUUGUGUUAGAAGCCUUUACAGUAGAAUAGAGGCAGCUUCAGCCACCAAGAUUGGGUAGGCUCCAUAUUAAUGCUUAUUGUUUUAGAAUAGGAUUUCCUACAAGUCAUGGUCAGGUGUCUACAUACUUUUGGCCAUAUACUGUGGAAGGAAGGCAUGUCCUCAGGGAUACUUUUUUUGUUAGUUUACUAGGAAAUGUUCUGAUUGCUUGGUUUACUGUAUAACUGUAAAAAAGCAGUGGUAGCUCAGUGGUUAAAGUACUAGAGUAGUGAUCAGAUGAUUGCUGGUUUAAACAACACUACCAAUUUGCCACUGAGAAAGCUAAAUGAAGAAGGUGUUACUUCUAAACCUUGGUCAAUUUUGCAUCACUUGACUAAAUUUUAAAAAG